AUUCACCUUUGCAUAUACUUUCACUCUUUCUUCCUUUACUCAAUUGAGAGGAAACCUAACCUCUUCUGUGUGUGAUCUCCUCCAUGGCGACGAUGGCAUUCACCCAACCCAAGAAGAACCUACUCCCUCUCCUCCUCUUCCUCUUCUGCAUCUCCGUCAUCAUCCUCCUCAUCCUCCUCUCCGAGACCACACACUCCGUCCCCCAACGCGACGCCACUCUCCAGCGAAUCCACAACAACGCCCUCCCACCUUUCACUUUCCUCAUCAAAGUCCUCACCUUUAACCGCCCCCACUCCCUCUCCCGCUGCCUCCUCUCCCUCUCCGCCGCCGAUUACGGCGUCGCAGGCGACACCCAGCGCAUUCACCUCCACGUCUACGUCGAUCACUUCAAACCCCUCUCGCCUAAUUCUAAAUCCGUGGGAGAUCGCUUGAGUAACGCGAAGGAGAUCUUGGAUUUCGUGGAUAAGUUCGAGUGGAGAUUCGGGGAGAAGCUGGUUCACUAUCGGACCGGGAACGCCGGAUUGCAAGGGCAGUGGCUUGAGGCGUGGUGGCCGAGCUCGGAUCACGAGUUUGCGUUUGUCGUUGAAGAUGAUCUCGAGGUUUCUCCGCUUUACUAUGGGUUUCUGGAGAGCGUGAUUCGUAGUUACUACUAUGAUCGUUCUAAUUACGACCCUUCUGUAUAUGGAGCUUCCCUUCAGAGACCAAGGUUCGUUCCAGGUAAGCAUGGGAAUAAACUACAUUUAGAUCCCAAAACGAAUGUUUUCUUAUACCAGUUAGUGGGAACUUGGGGGCAGCUUCUAUUCCCAAAACCGUGGAAAGAGUUCAGACUAUGGUAUGACGAGCAUAAAUCAAAGGACAAGAAGCCUUUCCUUGAUGGCAUGGUGACGAAUGGAUGGUACAAGAGGCUGGGAGAAAGAAUAUGGACACCUUGGUUCAUAAAGUUUAUUCACUCUCGUGGCUAUUUCAACAUCUACACGAAUUUCCAAAACGAGAGGGCGUUGAGUGUCUCUCACAGGGAUGCUGGCGUUAACUAUGGAAAAACCGCUGGGCCAGACUCGGAGCUGCUGAAUAAAAGUACCAUCACUUCUGAUUUUCUGAAACUCCAGCCCUUGAGCAACCUUAAGUGGUACGAUUACUGUUUCAGUGAAGUUGUUUCCGGUAGAGUUGUGAGGAGCUUGAAUGAGCUUGGAGCCAUUCUUCCUUCUGUGCAGAGAGACAAAACCGUAGUUCUGGUCAGUCUAUUUGGUGCAGACAAGAUGUUCAUCAGGAACUUACUAUGCCAUUUCGAGAAGAUUGAUACUCGAAACCACGUUUUUAUAGGCCCUAGCUCUGAGCUGUUCUAUGAUCUUUCGAGAAGGGGACACCCUGUGAUUGACGCGGAUAUGUUUCUCGACAAGUUGGUGAAAAGCAAAACUUCUUACUCAAACUCAGUGAAGGAGGCUCUGGGGAAUGCUUACGUUGUUAAAAAAUGCUUAGAACUUGGUUACAGCACAUGGGUGUUUUCAAGUAAUGCGCUUCUGGUGGAUAAAAGUCCACUCCUUGACAGAGUCAGAUCAGAGUACGACUUCUAUAUCGGGGAAAGCUCUGGAAUUUUGAUUGUUCAAUCUUCACCGGUCGCUCAAAAGUUGUGGAGUAAUGAGCUUCUGAAUAGCAUUGUAUCCUCAGCAACGAAGAAUCUAGAUUUUAUUCAACUAGUGAAAGAGCUAGUGGAGCGAAAGGGAAAGAUGAUUAAGACAGUAGAGACGAUGAGUAUUGCAGAGAAUAACAAUGCCAACAGCGUUAAUCAGUCGUUGGGAGAUGGCAAACCGGUAGUCUAUUGGUCACCUGAGGUUGAUUCCAAUAUCAUUCGGACAAAGCUUGAAGAGUUGAAGUUGUGGCUCAUUGAUGAUGAUCUGUCUUGCAAGGCUGUGAUUUGUCAUAGCUCAUUACGUUAGAUAAAAAAAGGAAGCUAUUGGCGUUUUCUGGCGAUGGCAUCGGAAUGAUUCACGGGUGAAACACGGGGCUGUGUGAGGGAUCAGCUGUAUACCUGGUAAGAGAAGUGAAACUGGUUGUGAUUUAGAUUAUAAAAGCGACAAGUUGUAGUACACGUUUUAGAUCAAUACCAAGAAUAUAUAUUGUUUGUUUGUUACCCUACAGGCUACAAUUAGAGAUUUAUCCUUCUUAUUUUGAGAACAAUGUUCUGUUGAGAUUUUUCUA